UAUCAUUCUUAUUUUAAACAUUUUUCUUAUGGGUAUAGUACUAUUGGUUCCAACUUCAAUAUUGUUGUUAAUUGUGACUCAAACUAGCUAGCACUAUUGAAGAAGAUGAGUGUGGGUUAAAGAGGACCUCCGUGGGGCGCGAAGAGGUUGCUGCCUCAGUUCGCGGGGCGCGGGGUGCGUUCUAUUUCCAUUUCACGGCUCGCGUAGUUUUACACGGCGCGCGUAAUUGCGGUUUCUUUUCAUGGGAGAUGUCUUUUGGGACGGUUACCUUUAUUUGUGGUCGGUUAUUUGUGGUUACUUAGACCCCAAGUUGUCUUUCAAGAUGGUUUUAUUAUAUAUAUACCCCCUCUUGUUAGUACUAGGGAUCUCAUGAUUCACAAAUUGAGAGAGUGAUCACAAGGGAGUCAUUAUAAUUUAUGAGUGUGAUUGUAAUUCAUCUUGUAAAUUCUUUGCGAUCAUAGUGAAAUUAUUUGAUCUCGAUGCCGAUGGACGUAGCUAUCACAUUGAUAGUGAACCACGUUAAAUCUCUUGUGUCAUUUUCUUAUUGUUUGCAUUUAAUUUCUUAUUGUUUCUUUAUUAUUCAACGACUUUGCUUCCGCUGUCGCACGACAAAUAUAUAGUUAUAUAAUAGCACAUCCCCUCUUAACAUCACUCAAUUUUUAUCUUCCUUUCAUCACAAAAUCUCAUCAAUGGAGAAAAUAGUUUUAUACCCAUCACCAGGAAUAGGUCACUUAAUCUCCAUGGUAGAGCUUGGAAAGCUUCUAUUAUCACACACUUCAUCAAUCUCAUCCAUCACCAUUCUUAUCCCAAACUUCCCCUUCAUCAAAGGCUCUUAUUCCUCUUACAUCUCCUCUGUUUCUUCCUCUUUCCCUUCAAUCACCUUCAUUUCUCUCCCUUCUGUUCCUCUUCUUCAUGGGGAUCCUUCCAAUUAUGAAAAUAUGGAACAUAUUUUGUUCGAAACACUUGGUAAUAAUAACCCUAAUGUCUUACAGUGUCUUCAAUCAAUUUCUGAAUCCUCCCCUAUUUCUGCUUUCAUUAUUGAUUUCUUUUGUUACCCUUCUUUAGAAAUCUCUAAAUCUCUUGAAAUACCCACUUAUUUUUUCUUCACUUCUGGUGCUUCUUGUAUGGCUUUAUUCCUUAAUUUCCCCGUUUACGAUAAAAUUUACUCGGAUUCAUUCAGAAAUCUUGAUGCUAUGAUUGAAAUUCCUGGGUUGUUCUCUGUUCAUUCAAGUUAUAUGGUUGAACCUGUGCUUGAUCGAGGUAAAUCUUACUCUGAGUUUGUUAAGGUGUCUGAAAAUUUUCGCAAAUCUGAUGGGAUUAUUAUUAAUACUUUUGAAUCAUUAGAAGAAAAGGCUGUAAUGGGUUUGAAACAAGGGAUUUGUCUUCCUGGUAAUCCGAUUCCUCCUGUUUAUUUUAUUGGACCAUUGAUUGCUACUCGAGGUGAUAACAAUGGUGGAGAAAGGGACGAGUGUCUGGGUUGGCUCGACUCACAACCGAGUCAAAGCGUGGUGUAUUUGGGUUUUGGGAGUAGGGGUAUGUUUUCUAUGGAGCAAUUGUGGGAAAUUGCUAUUGGGUUGGAGAAUAGUGGGGUGAGAUUUUUGUGGGUUGUAAGAUCACCACCACCAACUAGUAGGGAUAUAAACAAUGUGUUUUUGGCCCCACCCGAACUUGAUUUGAAUUCGAUUCUACCUGAAGGGUUUUUGGAUAGGACUAAGGAUCGGGGUCUUGUAGUGAAGUCGUGGGUCCCACAAAUUCAAAUAUUGGGUCAUCGGUCUGUUGGCGGGUUUGUGACUCAUUGUGGGUGGAAUUCGAUUUUAGAGGCUAUAGAUGAUGGGGUACCUAUGGUUGCAUGGCCACUUUAUGCUGAACAACGUUUUAACAAGGUUUUGCUUGUUGAAGAGAUCGGGAUUGCACUACCGAUGAAUGAGUCUAAGGAUCGGUUUGUGUGUUCGAGUGAGAUUGAGAAACGAGUGAAGCAAAUUAUUAGUUCAAAAGAAGGAGAUGUUGUUAGAAAACGAGUGUUGGAAUUGAAAGACGAGGCUAAGGCCACAAUUAAUGAAGAAGGCUCAUCUAGUGUCGCCUUGAAGACAUUCAUUAAAUCAUGGAAUAAAACGUUACAUCGAGAACGAGAAACUUGAAAUUAUUUGUUGAUUGUUGUCAUUUUUGUUGUUAUUUGUGAUUGUUUUUGUUAUUAUUAUUAUUACUAUUAUCAUUAGUUAUUGUUUUCAUAUAUCGCCAAUUAUUAAAAAUAAAUUAUGUAUUAUUUCCGUCGUUCUCUAAUAUUUUUUCCGUUUGGAAUAUUAAAUUCUAAGGAAAGGGAAAUUUGAUUAUGUUUUUGAGACAUAUUUAGAAGAUAAAAUAUAUCCAUGUGAGAUAUUGUUUGA